AUGACUUUACCAAAUGUUCCGUCAAGAAGAAAUAAUUAUAUAUUUAUUAAUGAAUUAAAUCCAUUAAAAAAUAUUAAUUUACUAGAAAAUAAUAACGAAUAUUUUGAUAUUAAGAACCUAAAAUAUUUAUAUCCAGUUCAUGGCGAUGAAAAAGUUACAAAAACAAUAAUAGUUAUCACUAAUUUCAGUUCACUAAAUGGCAUUAAACAAGGAUUAGAAGCAAUAAAAUAUUUGAAAAAUUCAUUUGAUGUUAGAUUAACUUUUAUUCAUAAUAGUAAUUCAUCGGAAUUAUCAACCUCAAAUCAGAUUAAUAAUGAAUCAAUAGAAAUAUCAUCAUUAAUGCAUUAUUUGUUAUAUGGUGAUGAUGAUGAUGAUAACAAUAAUAAAAAACUUGAAUUAAUUGAAUUAUUAUUUGAAGAAGUUAUCAAUAAUGAAAAUAAUCUUAUUAAUAGUUUAUCUAAUAAGGGUAUUAAUAAUAAAGAUUCAAUUGAAUUUUGGAAUAACUGGAAGUUUAGUUUUAUUGAUAAAUUAUCACUUAAACCAUCACAUGAUUCUGAUGAAUCAAUAAUUAUAAUUAACGGAAGAGUAAAAUUAAAUGAAAGAAUUAAUCCUACUCUUGAUGCAAUUAAAACACUUGAUUUAAUCAAUCAAUUUAAUUUAACUGGUUCAGUUUUUUCAGAUUUUGUUGCAAAAGUCACUUCAGUAAUCUCUGAAUCAACAAUUUCUGAUGUUCCGUUUGGAAUAUUUGAUAAUCAAGAAAUAAAACGAGAUAGACCAUAUAAAAAAUUAUUCGGAGAACAUUGUCGAUUAAAUGUAAUCGGAAAUCUUGAUACUGCUAUCUAUCAAUUCGGUGUUUUACUUGAUCCAAUAAGUGAAACUGCUCAAAAAUGUCUUAAUCCUUCAGCAUUAUUUAACAAUCUUCCAAAAGAUCUACUUUUAACUCUUGGAAUGGAUGUAAUUCAACCUUGGGUUGUAACUCCAAAAGUAUCAGUUUACGAUCUAGAUAACAUUCGUUUAACUAAUGUAAACGUCAGGGUUGAUUCAAUAUUUGAACUUAAAAAUAUCCUAAUCGAAGGUCAUGCACGAGAUCUCACAUUGAACACUCCUCCAAGUGGAUUGCAACUUAUUUUGAAAGAGGACAUUAACAGCAGCAAUGAUAAAAACGACAGCAUAAAAACUAAUAGGAUAAUUGAUGGUACAAUUGUUAUGGAAAACCUUGGCUAUUUUCAAUUGAAAGCUAAUCCUGGUAUUUGGCUUUUGGGUCUAAGAGAGAAUUGUAGAUCAAGUGAAGUUUAUGAAAUAGAAAGUGUUGGUAGUGAGGGUUGGUAUAGCCGUAAUGUUGAAGAAAUAGGUUAUGAAAUAACAUUAAAUAGUUUUGAAGGUUUAAUGAUUUAUCCACGUAUGAGAAGAAAAAAGGGUAAAGAAAAUGAGAACCUAUUAAAUUUUAAAGAUGGUGUCAAUCUUAAUAACGAUGAUGACGAGGCGAAUAAAGGCAUUUGGAAUAGAUUGAGGAACACCAAUAAUAAGACAAAAGCAGAAAUAAAUAUAUUUUCUGUAGCAUCUGGUCAUUUAUAUGAAAGAUUUUUAUCAAUAAUGAUUCUAAGUGUAUUAAGACACACUAAAAGUCAUGUAAAAUUUUGGUUUAUUGAAAAUUUCUUGUCUCCUUCAUUUAAGGAUUUUAUUCCACAUAUGGCAAAAGAAUAUAAUUUUGACUAUGAACUUGUAACUUAUAAGUGGCCUCAUUGGUUAAGAGCUCAAAAAGAAAAACAGAGAACCAUAUGGGGUUAUAAAAUUUUAUUUCUAGAUGUUUUAUUUCCAUUAGAUUUAGAUAAAGUUAUAUUUGUUGAUGCUGAUCAGAUUGUAAGAACUGAUCUUAAAGAAUUGAUAGAUAUGGAUUUAAAAGGCGCUCCAUAUGGUUAUACACCAUUCUGUGAUAAUAGACCGGAAAUUGAUGGAUUUAGAUUUUGGAAACACGGUUAUUGGAAUGAAUAUUUAAGAGGAAAACCAUACCAUAUUAGUGCACUUUAUGUUAUAGAUUUACAAAGAUUUAGACAAAUGGCAGCCGGUGAUCAAUUGCGUGGUCAAUACCAAAUUCUAAGUGCGGAUCCAAACUCUUUAUCAAAUUUAGAUCAAGAUCUACCAAAUCAUAUGCAACAUCAUAUUCCAAUAUUUUCACUUCCACAAGAAUGGUUAUGGUGUGAAACUUGGUGCAGCGAUGAGUCAUUGCUGGUUGCUAAAACUAUCGAUUUAUGUAAUAAUCCAAUGACAAAAGAACCAAAACUCGAUAGAGCAAAAAGACAAAUUCCUGAGUGGGGAUCAUACGAUAAAGAGAUUGCUGAUUUGGCUAGAAAAAUUUCUCAACAAAUAGAAAAAGGAAAUAUAUCUGGUAUUCUUAAAAUAGUUGGUAAUGGUGAAAUUAUUAUUAAUGGUAACAAUGACGUUGAUAAUGUUGAUGGCGAUGAUAAAUCAUCAUUUACUCGUAGAGUUGAAUUAUGA